AUGCUGUACUUUCUGAGCUUCGUUCUGCUCCUAGACAGUGUAGAUAAUGCAGCCGUCAGUAAAACCAGUGUGACCAGUGAUGCUCCGGUGAGGUUGAUGGACAGUAUUAAUGCUUGUUCUGGAAGGGUGGAAAUAUACAAAGACAGCGAGUGGGGCACCAUUUGUGACGAAGGGCUGGAUGAUGUCGAAGGCAACUCGGUCUGCUACGAGGCGGGCUGCGGUCCUCUCAUAUCCAUUCAGCCUAGUGCUUUCUUUGGGGAGGGUUCGGGACCGUUGCUGACGGAUGAUCUAAACUGUUCUGGGAACGAGAGCUCGGUGCUCGACUGUAACUGGGGGAACCAUACAGACGUGUGUGACCACACCAGAGAUGCUGGAGUCAUCUGUGACUCCACCCUUAGGUUACAAGGCGGCAGCGGCAUGUGUUCAGGGAGAGUGGAGAUCUUCCACAACAGACAGUGGGGGACGGUCUGUGACACAACCUGGGAUAUCUUGGACUCAGUGGUGGUCUGUAAAGAGCUUGGCUGUGGAAGCCCAAUAGCUUCAUACUACAACGCUUAUUUCGGGAAGGGAGCGGGUCCAGUAUGGAUGGAUGGCAUCAGCUGCACUGGUCGUGAGGGUGGUCUGAAGGACUGUGUGUUUAGCGGUUGGGGGGUCACCGCUUGCACCCAUGCAGAUGAUGCUGGAGUCACUUGCUCAGAGUUUAUGCUUGUAGAUGGACUAAACACUUGCUCUGGGAGGGUGGAGGUCCUCUACGAAUAUUUGGGCUGGGGAACUGUUUUGGACAACGGCUGGAAUUUGUUGGGUGGAGAUGUGAUCUGCAGAAACAUGGACUGUGGAAGUGCGCUGAGCGUCAGUGGUGGAUCUGCUUUUGGGAAGGGUUCAGGUAUGGCGUGGACAUACGAUGCUGCGUGCACAGGAACUGAAAUCUCCCUGAAACCAUGUCUGUCAGGCUACGUGAAAAAGAGUUCACACAGCAAUGACGCUGGAGUGGUCUGCAGAGAGGUGAAACUGGUAAAUGGCCAAAACAUGUGUGAAGGCACAGUGCAGGUUCAUUAUACUGGAGACUGGGGCACAAUAUGUCACACAAACUGGGAUCUACUGGACGGUAUUGUGUUGUGCAGAGAACUCGGCUGCGGUCCUCUUAAACUGAUACACAUCUCAGCUGCCUUUGGGAACGGUACUGGAAAUAUACUGAUGGAUAAUGUUCUGUGCACCGGGAGCGAGUCCUCACUGAAAGAGUGUGGUCAAGCUACAUCAGUAAACAGCCUCUGUACACAUUCACAGGAUGCCGGAGUCUCUUGCGGAGAUGUGAGAUUGGUCGGUGGAGAGAGCAUUUGUUCUGGAAGAGUGGAGGUUCUUAAGAACAACCAGUGGGGAAGCGUUUGUGCAGACAGCUGGGAUAUGACCGAUGCUGCAGUAGUCUGUAGAGAGCUGGGUUGUGGAAGUCCAGUAGAGGUGAACAAAGGUGUUUACGGAAGCGGUAUUGGACAGAUAUGGAUGGAUGAUGUGGCAUGUACAGGCACUGAGCCCACGCUGAAGAACUGCAGGUCAAACGGAUGGGGACAGCACAACUGUGUGCACGCAAAUGAUGCAGGCGUCGUCUGCCGAGAGGUACGGUUGGUGAAUAUGGAUAACCCCUGUCAGGGCACAGUGCAGGUGUAUCACGACGGCCGCUGGGGGACAGUGUGCCACAACAGCUGGGAUAUCGCUGAUGGUUUAGUGCUCUGUAGAGAGCUGGGCUGCGGUGGGAACGCACAGCCCUUGUCAGGUGCCUUUUUUGGGGCCGGUGAUGGGCCGAUAUGGAUGGAUUCGCUCAGAUGUAACGGUGAUGAGUCAAACUUGAGAAGUUGCCAGUUUGGUGGCUGGGGAAACCAUCAAUGCAUUCAUGCGUAUGAUGCAGGAAUCAUCUGCAGGGAAAUAAAAAAUGUGCUCAGGAUCGAGGUGAAUGCUGACUAUGUAAACCCCAACGACUCUUCACACAUGACCAAAAUACUGGACAAGGUCAAGGAAGAGCUCAAAAGGACCGGAAAUUUCUCUGUCAAGUGGAGAACUCAGAUAAACGGACAAGUGUUUCAGGAAAAGAAAUUAUUUGAUCCCUGACAGGAUUCAACAGAAAACUGCUCUUACAGAGUCAUCCGGACGAUGAAGACAUUCUGUUUUUGUAUAAAUAAGUGUUUGUAUAAAAAAAGGUUUAUUAUAUUUCACAGCAUGCUAUGAAGAGCAUGUUUUUGGGCUGCAGCAGGUCGCUCUAAGUUCUACUCAUUUCUGGUGCAUCUCUAAUUCUGCGUCGCUGGCCAUUAUUUGAUUACUUUCAUUGGUAGGAGGUGAAAGGAAAAUAAAAAUGUAAAACUAGUUUUCUUCUUAUAGGUUAAAUGAUUACUUACUUUCUGAUUUAAUAUAUUUUGUAUAUUUAUAGACCAACCUCCUAAAAUAAGUCUGAUUAUAUGCUUAACUAUGUAUUCAUUUAUAUGGUGUUACAUUUCAUUACUUAAAUGUUUCC